AUGGCCGAUACCGUUAAGGAGUUCCUUGAGGUCCCCUCGGAGUUCGCUCAGGAUGGCGUCCAAUUCAUGAGGAGGUGCACCAAGCCCGAUCGCGCCGAGUACCAGAAGCUCGCGCAGGCCGUCGGUGUUGGUUUCCUCAUCAUGGGAGCUGUCAAGCUUAUCCACAUCCCCGUCAACAACAUUCUGGUCGGUGGUGCGUAA